AUGUCUCAGAAGAGGCAGCAGAGGGAGGAGGGAGCUUCUCUUGACGAGAGGCGUCCCAGGAAAUCGCCCUCUUUUAAAAGAGUCAGAGAGGCAAGAUCCAAGCCAUUUGUUGUCCGAGAUCAUCGUGGAGAAUCAUACAAGAAACACCACCCUCCAGUUCUUGGCGAUGAGGUAUGGCGUUUGGAAAAAAUCGGCAAAGAUGGAGCUUUUCACAAACGGUUAAGGAAGGAGAGAAUAAAUACCGUGCAGGACUUUCUUAUCUUACUCUUCUUAGACCCCACAAGACUUCGGAAUAUUCUUGUACAGCACUCCCAAGAUAAUAUUCCCUCUUCAUCGGGCUUACCCGCUGAUAUCAUCUGCGACGAGGAUUUAACUUCUUUCAAGACAGGAAAUCCCACUUUUCCAGACUACAUUCAGUCGGUUUUUGACGAACAAUCUCUGGGCUACUCCCGACAGGUUCUUAACGGCUUAAUGUGCGAAACCGAGUCAAUGAGCGGAGAUUUUUUCUUGAACGAGCAAUUGCAUUACGUUGAAGCCGAAUGUGCAUUCCCAACCGACAUGCAUAGCACGAUUAGUGCAUUUGUUCCAAUCUCAAACCUUACUGUGAAUAAUGGCCAAAAGGGGUCGUGGAAUGUUUUAGUCAGCGUGAUAAGAUGGUGUUGCUCGAUUAAGAGAAUCGUGGCAAGAAAGGCUCGUGUUAAUUGUCAGGUGGAAGGUACCAUUAAUGGUGGAUCAGAGCAAGCCAACAGUUCAGAUGAUGGCCAAUUUGUUGUAUCUCUAAGAAACAUGAUGAAAACAGAAGUUGAGAUGAUGGUGAUCCAUACGGUUCAUCAACUAAUCGGGCCCUUUGUCGAGAAUUUGGUCCGUAAAGUUGUCAAAGAGGAAAUUCAAUCGAUUGAGAAGAAAUUUUUGACUUGUAUUAAUGCAAGUAACCAUGCAAGCGAGAUGGCUAGGCCAAGGGAAAGAUGUUUACGACUUAAGUUCUUAGACGAGAUAUCGGGUCCCAUUCUAACCGGGAAGACAAUCCAAGGAAAAACCGGCACUCAUAUUCGAGUAGCCAUUGUGGAUACAAACGAGGAGAUCAUAAGUUGUGGGCCCGAAUCAUCGGCAAAGGUGGAGAUAUUAGUUCUUGACGCGAGUGAUGAUGUCAUUAAUGAUUAUUCUCCUCCAAUUGCUGAGGACUUUAACAAAAGGAUCAUUAGAGAGGAUGACAAGAAAAGGCCACACUUUCCAAAAAGUUACUAUAUUUAUCUUGAUAAAGGUAUUUUAAGCAAUGCCAAAUUCGGACACGACUCGAGUUGGAUGAAAUGCUGCAGCUGCAGGCUCGGAGCAAGAAUCGUGGGGAAUCUUGGAGGUGUUGAAGUCAAAGAAGGAUUGACCGAGUCUUUUUCGGUCUUGGAUAGCCGCAGCAAAUUAUAUGGGAAUCACUACCCACCUUCUCUUUCGGAUCACGUGUGGCGAUUGGAGAACAUAGGAAAAGAUGGUCCACGCUGCAAGCUUUUGAACGAGAAAUUAAAAGUAUUCACUGUGGGAGAUUUUCUGUUUUUGCUCUCUAUUGAUCCUCAGAGGCUCCAGAAAAUAGUCGAUUGUGGUGCAAAAUGGAAGACCACGGUAGAUCAUGCUCGAACAUGCGUCGUUGAAGAUAAAAAUAUUUACCUGUAUUACCCUUCAUCCGGAAUUAAAACUGGCGUGGCCUUUGAUGUCGUGGGAGGAUUAAAAGGGUUAAUCCAUGACUCGAGCUAUAUUCCGGUCGACAGCUUAUCGGCUGAUGAAAAGGAUCGAGCGUACGAGCUGCUGCUGUCUGCAUUCGAGAAUCGGAAGAACGCCACCCACUUCAAUGAUGAAAAUGCCCUUCGACGUCAAUUUCCAUCUAAAACGGUCCAAGAGGAAUCGAGCGGAUCUGAUCUCGUCAUCUCCGAAAAUAUCGACGGUCAAGAUGCUAUCGUGAAUCCGUACAAUGAGUCAACAUCAGCUGAACAAAUAUACAAUCCUUGCGCGUUUGUCCUCGACUAUGAUUAUAUGCCGAGUCCCGGGCAAUUAUCUGAUUACAAUCUCUUUUCGCAGCAUUUUUAUGAAGAGCACGAGGCUCGAAUGUCACAUUGUUAUGCCGAAAGAGUAAAUAACACGAGCCUCGAGUCACAUUGUCAUCGACGAGAGAGUAAUAUUGCGGCUGUUAUUUGCGUGAUUCGUGCGAGUAUGAGAUUCAUGGCUUCGGGAGGCCUUCGUGUCCACAAAAGGCGAAGGAUUUAGCUCGAUUUCACUAAGUAAAAAGAUCGUGAAUUCGAGUAUAUUACAAGAAAGAUGGAGUGAAUCUUCUGUAGCUGUAGUUUGUUCAUUUCCAUCGAGGUUUUGUAUUUAGUUCUUUAUUACUAAUUCUUACCUUCUUGAGUAUGUAAUUUNAAUGUU